GUUAACCUCCCUCCAGCAAUAGGAGAUGAUGGGUAGGCUGAUGGCGGCGUGGGGCGUGCGAGUCUGAAGAGAGGGGAGGAGAGGAAUUGUUUUAGUGAAAGAUCCUGCCCUUCUCAAACCCUAGAAUCUCGAGUCCCCCAAUCAUCUUUGCCUCCAGAAAUUAUUAUAUACGCUUUCGUUCCGAUUCGUUUACGUAUUCUACCGUUUUUGUAGUUAGAAUUAGAACUAAUAGGAUAAAUCUCUGCCAAAAAGGGUUUUUUUUUUCUUCUAUUUCUGUGAUUUAUUUGCCUUCUUCUUGCUUUUGAACUCCUUUUUGCCGUUUUAGCAGAUCUGAAUUUGUUCGGGGAAGUUUGAUUCAGGAGUCGGUUCUAGGGUUCCUUUUUCCCCCAUCUAGAUCGUUUAGUUUAUGCUUGUUUUUGUCGUUGCGCUCUUGAAUGCUAUUUUUGUUUCUUUAUAUUUUCCUGGAUUGAAGGAUUUGUGGUUGUAAGGGAAGUGGGAUGGAAAACUUAGUGGAGUUUGAUCGGGAGGGCGGGAUUUCCGAUAAUAUUCAGCGCGAUGCAGAGCUUGAAGUGUUGGAUGGUGGCGCGGCAGGUGAUGCUAGGUUUGAUGCUACUCAGUAUGAGUUCUUUGGUAACAGUUCUAUGAAUGAAGUGGAGCUUGGGGGCCUAGAAGAUGAUGGUGAUGAAUCUGGAUUUGAUGAUUUUCAUGAUGGAGAUUAUGCGUUUCCAACUCAUCAGUAUAGAUCAGAGGGUGAAGGCUUAGGUUAUUCCUCUGAAAUCAAUGAUCUUGCAAGCAGUUUCCUGCAGUUGAAUACAGAUAUCACUCGAACAAGCAGCUCAGUAGUUUUGGGCGGGAGAGGAUCACUCUCUAGAGAAAAUUCUGCUCCUACAGAUAGGGCAAGGGAGUUGUUGGAAUUGCCUGGCUGGCCAGAUCAGAGUUUUUUAGAUGCUGAUAAUGUCCAGGAUGGUAAACGGUGGUGGUCACAUCCAUAUCCUUCCCCUUCUCGGCUUGCAGAAUCCAAACCGUUGCACAGAACAAUAUCAUCCCCUUAUGAACAGCAGCAGAAAGUCUUCCCUCAAUCUGCUGGACAGCAACAGCAGCUAAAUUCGUUCGAACAAGUUCCUCUUCGAAAGCAUUCUUUUACUUCCUACCCUCCGCCCGGUGAUUUAUCCCAAGGUUCCAAAAUUCUGUCCCACAAUAUAGACAUUUUAACACCAAGUGUUGGUCCCCAGGCAAACUUUUCAGCACAUCAAGUUUUCCCUUUCUCUGGUCCUCAACCUCUUGCUGAUGCAUAUCAUGGGAUGAGAUAUCGUGGAAACAUGGCACAGUUUGUCUCUCCAGGCUUAAAUAUUAUUAAUCCGGAAGAGAACAAUUUGUUGAGACAAUCCAGUGUAAAUUUCGGUGACCGCAAUAAUCUGUUUCCUGCUAUAUUUCAGCAGAAUUUGUCUCAUCCGAAUGGCCUAGUUACAUCUCAGCAACCUAUAUUUCAAAAUGUUCAGCCUUCUCUGCCACAUUUCCCACAAUUACCACCUCAACUUGUCGGUUCACAUCUUUCUCCCCACAUGCUUGAAACAAUACGAGGAAUGCCUGAUUUGAGAGAUCAAGGAUUGAAGACUGGGCAAAGGGGAAGGCAAAACAUGCGAUUUUCUAAUCAACUUUUAGAUAUGGGAAUCCAUAAGAACAGCAAUGCAUGGCCUCAAUUUCGAUCCAAGCACAUGUCAACUGAAGAGAUCGAAAGCAUUCUGAGAGUUCAGCAUGCUGCAACACAUAGUAGUGAUCCCUACUCUGAUGAUUACUAUCAUCAAGCCUGUCUGGCAAAGAGAUGCUCUGGAUCAAAGCUGAGGCGCCACUUCUGUCCAAAUUCUAUCAAGGAGCUGCCUUCAAGAUCCCGAGCUAGUAGUGAGCCACAUGCUUAUCUUCAAGUGGAUGCUCUUGGGCGAAUCCCCUUCUCUUCAAUUCACAGGCCACGUCCUCUACUGGAUGUGGACUCACCUUCUACAGCUGUAGGAAGCAGCUCUGAGCUGAGAUGUUCUGUGAAGCCUCUAGAGCAAGAGCCAAUGUUGGCUGCUAGAAUCACUAUGGAGGACAGCCUUUGCCUUCUCCUUGAUGUAGAUGAUAUUGACCGGUUUCUGCAGUUCAACCCACCACAUGAUGGUGAAUCCCAGCUUAAAAGGAGACGGGAGGCUCUCUUGGAAGGGGUUGCAGCAUCUCUUCAGCUGGUUGAUCCACUCGAUUCUAAUAAAGUAGGCCAAUCUGUGGGAAUAGCUCCUAAAGACGACGUAACCUUUCUCCACAUCGUCUCUCUCCCGAAGGGCCGUAAGCUUUUGUCACGCUAUCUCCUGUUGCUUUACCCUAGCAGCGAGCUAGCUCGGAUUGUUUGCAUGGCCAUUUUUCGCCACCUCAGGUAUUUAUUUGGUGGUCUGUCCUCAGAUUCCGGGGCAGCCGAAACCACAUCGGCUCUCGCCAGAACUGUAUCUUUGUGUAUUUGUGGGAUGGAUUUGAGUACACUGAGUGCAUGCUUAGCUGCAGUUGUCUGUUCUUCAGAACAACCUCCUCUCCGUCCAAUUGGAAGCGCUGCUGGUGAUGGAGCCUCCAUGGUUAUAAAAUCAGUACUUGAGAGAGCAGAAUUCUUGAAGGAUGAUCAUGGUACAAGCACCUAUAGCAUUCACAGUAGAGCUUGGUGGCAGGAAUCAUUCAAUGCUUUCUUCAGGCUUCUAUUGAAGUAUUGCUUGAGCAAGUAUGAAACUAUAAUGCAGUCAUUAGCCUCGAGCUCACAUGAUUCUUCAAUGGCUGGAUCAGAGGCAACCCUUGCAAUUCGCAAGGAGAUGCCAGUUGAAUUGUUGCAUGCCAGCCUACCCCAUACUAACGAGCAGCAACGAAAGCAAUUACUGGAAUUGGCUCAGCGAUCCAUGCCAGCUACUGGAUAGGAGCACUUUGCUGUAUGUGGCCUUCUUCUGAGUGAGUUGCUUUUUAAGUUCUUCCUGGACUAAAGUCGUCAGAUAAAUUUUUUUCUUACCUUGUCAAUGCAUAGGUUCUAUGCCUUUUUAUGAGGAUGCCGCUGAUGGGGGAGUAAUUCGGCAUUCAAGCUGGGUAAAUUUUUAAAUGAUUUUGUUAUUCCUCUCAAAAGGUCGGUCUUAUUUUUAUUUUUAUUUUUUGCUUUUUACAUAACCUACUCUUUGAAGAAACUGUAAUAUUUGCGUUGUGUAGCACCCCUAGAAAAAUGAGUGUUGCCUGGAAGGUUUCCUCAACGGCGCUUAAUUUUUGUGCUCCUUGUUGGAACUCUGGGAAGUAGUUAUAGGGAUACAAAUGUACAGCUUGUGGUAUCAAAGUCUGUUUUUUGGUGAUUUAGCUCUUCUUUUUGCAACUGGAUUGACCGAAGUAAAGGGGUAUAUAGAGUUUGGUGUUGGAGUUGGCGAGAUCACCUGUAUGGUUUGGGGGGUUUGUUUUUAUUAACUUUUUGGCCCUCGUUUGUUCUUUUGAAGCUUGAAUAACCCUGCUGUUGAAAUCUAUGCUUGUGUGGCAUGAGCAAUUGUAAUUUUUCUGUGGAUUAUUAUCUUGUAAGACCUCAACUGCGCUGUUAAACUCUUUGUUUCUAUA